CCCUGCAUCACCCGCGCUUGCUGCAUCGCUCGGUUCUGGAACCAGCUGGAUAAAGCUGAUAUCGCCGUUCCUCUCGUUUUUACCAAAUAUUCGGAAGCCACCGAACAUCCCACCGCCCCCUCGUCCCAUCCGCGUCCCACCGCCCCCAUCGAUACCCAGCCUGGAGCUGAGGCUGCGGGAGGGGGGGAACGGGAACCCCGACCCGGUCCGGUCCCUCACGCUUCUCCUCCAGCUGAUUCCGUUAUGAGACACGAUUAUAAACCCUGGAAGGUUCAACGACCAGAACCCAAAAGCGAAUAUCAACCUUCGGACACCCCCUUCGAGAAGGAGACCCAGUACCAGAAGGAUUUCCGUGCCUGGCCCAUCCCCAAGCGGGGUGACCAUCCCUGGAUCCCCAAACCUGGACCAUCCCCUGUUCUCGCCUUAGACCGUGAUUCUCCAGAGAAACCAGCUCAGGAGAAACGCCGGAAGGUGCUCGUUGGUUCUGAGAAGAAGGAGGAAGAUGUCGAGGUGGAGGAUGAACAUCCCAAAGCGAUUCGAGCUGGGGAUGGGAGAGAGAAAGGGAAGAAGAAGGUGGAGGAGGUGGACGCGGGCAGGGGCAGGGCGGCCGCAGAUGCUCUCAACAGACAGAUCAAGGAGGAGGGCGGCAAGGUGGCGGCGGCGGGGGUCAGCUCAUCCUAUAG